AUGGUCGCUUUUUCCAAACCUGUUGCCGAGUUGCCAACAGCCAUAAAAGCGGUUUUGGAGCCAGUCGUCAAUAAUGCCUCAACACGUCAACCUUUCAGUCGGGCAAACGCGGUAACGUCUUUUGCGGUCAUAUCACUAGCAAUCUACACAACAAACUAUGUUUACAAAAAGCGAGCGGAACGUACCGGAUCCUCCUUUAACAACGGAGCCAAUGUCUACGAAGGUCCCGUGCCCGGGAGUAGCAAGUAUUAUUUGAAGGUACCAUACAAGAAUCGCACUUCCACUGUGACCAUAAGGCCGACCACCGCCGAAGCAUUUAAGAGAAACAAGAAAUCCUUCCCCGUCCUCGUCGGCCCUCAAAAGGUCGGCGUCAACAGGGCCUUCUUCAAGCAACUUGUCGCAAUCCUACAAAUCAUUUUACCGAGGGUGAGGUCGAAAGAGGUUUUCCUCCUAAUAUUGCAUUCCGUUUUCUUGCUCCUAAGGACUUGGCUAAGCAUCGUGGUGGCAAAAUUGGAUGGAAGGAUUGUUAGAGAUUUGGUUUCGGCUAAUGGAAAAGAGUUCCUCAAAGGAAUUGUAUACUGGUUUGUCAUUGCUAUUCCGGCUGCAUACACCAAUAGCAUGAUACGCUUUCUCCAAUCAAAGUUGUCAAUUGGAUUUAGAACGCGUUUGACACGAUACGUGCACGAUCUUUAUCUGAAUAAGCAGGAUGCUUACUACAAAGCCAUCAAUCUUGACAAUCGAAUUGGUAGUACUGACCAGUUAAGUUCAUCACCACCGACAUAG